CUCUCACUCCCAUUUCCCACACUGAAACCCCCUCUCUCUCUCUCUCUCUCUCUAACCACCACCACUUUCUCUCUCUAACCCUAUCCUCACCAACCACCAUGAACCGCCGCAUCCGCCACCAAUCCACCACCACCAACUCCAACCACCACUACCUCCGCUUCCUCAAGCCCGGCGCACUCGCUCAACUCCGUGACUCCAAAAUCAUCGCCAGAUCUCAUCAUCUCCGGUCACCGGUCUCUCAGAUCUCUCUCCACCGUGUUACACCGUCGUCACCUCCUUCUUCUCCAUCGCGAGAAGUUGCCGGAGCUUUAACAACAAUUAGCGACGGUGAAUUACCGUUUUUAACGCCGAGAUCUUAUGCGCCUCGUUGUGUGCAACGGAAGAAGCUAAUGGCGGUUAGAUCGAUGUGUUAUUUGAGUCAUGGUUCGAGUAGUUUGAGUUCUGAUGCUUCAGUGACAGUUAUUGAUGUUUUGUAGUAAUGGUUUUGUUGAAUAAUUUGUAAAAGAGAAGAAGAAUUUUGAUGUAGAUUAGCUUGUGGUGGUGGUUUGCUAUCAGAUUAUGAGUUCUGGUUGUGAAAAUUGUGGGGGUUAGGGUUUGGGAUAUAAUAAAUGAAGCUAUUUACUGUUGAAUUGAUUUGCCUUUGUUAAA